GCGAGGCAGAUAGUUCUACAUCUGGAAAUCAGUCAAUUCAUUAUCAUUCUAUUGUGGAAAGAAAGUAACAGGACUCCUCUUCGUGGUAAACAUAGUUAUAUUUCUAAAGGUGUUUCCAGGUAGCGGUAGCAUUAAAAGGUGACAUGUAUUGGAAGAUUUUGACAGCAGUUCUCUGCUUCUAUGCAGUUGUUCCUGUAGAACCUACUGCAUCCUCAGCAGCUCCCACAACAACUGGAAAUGCAACAACAACAGCCACAGCUGCCAACACCACAAUCACAGCUGCCAACAAUAUCACCACAUCUGCCAACACUACAACCACAGCUGUCCCCACAACAGCCACAGCUGCGAACACUACAUCCACAUAUGCCAACAAUAUCACCACAUCUGCCAACACUACAACCACAGCUACCAACACAACAGCCACAGCUGCCAACACUACAACCACAGCUGCCAAAACCUCAACCCCAGCUGCCAACAAUAUCACCACAGCUGUCAAAACCACAACCACAGCUGCCCCCACAACAACCACAGCCGCUCCAACUACAACACCCUCGCCCCCAGUUGUUUUUGACCUGGUAUUCAGAUCAGAUGAGGUUUUCAGUCCUGCUCUGACAAAUACCUCUUCACCUUCGUUCCAGAAUCUUGUAACAAAGACAAUUCAAGCGCUUGAGCCUCUGUUUAAGGCACAAUUCCCAAACUUCAUAAGACUGAUUGUGGUGGGUUUCAGGAAUGGUUCCAUCAUCACAGACACCCAGCUGGAGUUUGCUGCCGCUAACACAACUGCUAAUGCGACCACACCUUUUGCUGAUGCUGUGGCUACUACUCUGAAGGCUGCGAUCACCAAUGGAAGUUUGAGUAUCAACAUCUCAGCCAAUUUCAAGAUUACUGUAAAACCGACUCCAUCCACAGCAUCUCCCACCACAACUGGAGAUGCAACAACGACAACCACAUCUGUCCCCACAACAACCACAGCUGUCCCCACAACAACCACAGCUGCCAACACUACAACCACAGCUGCCAAAACCACAACCACAGCUGCCAACACUACAACCACAGCUGCCAACACUACAACCACAGCUGCCAACACUACAACCACAGCUGCCAACACUACAACCACAGCUGCCAAAACCACAACCACAGCUGCCAACACUACAACCACAGCUGCCAACACUACAACCACAGCUGCCAACACUACAACCACAGCUGUCCCCACAACAGCCACUGCUGCCAACACUGCAACCACAGCUGCCCCCACAACAACCACAGCCGCUCCAACUACAACACCCUCGCCCAAAGUUGUUUUGAAUCUGGUAUUCAGAUCAGAUGAGGUUUUCAGUCCUGCUCUGACAAAUACCUCUUCACCUUCGUUCCAGAAUCUUGUAACGAAGACAAUUCAAGCGCUUGAGCCUCUGUUUAAGGCACAUUUCCCAACCUUCAUAAGACUGAUUGUGGUGGGUUUCAGGAAUGGUUCCAUCAUCACAGACAGCCAGCUGGAGUUUGCUGCCGCUAACACAACUGCUAAUGCGACCACACCUUUUGCUGAUGCUGUGGCUACUACUCUGAAGGCUGCGAUCACCAAUGGAAGUUUGAGUAUCAACAUCUCAGCCAAUUUCAAUAUUACUGUCCAAGCUAAUGCAACUACAGCAGCUCCCACAACAACCACAGCUGCCCCCUUAACAACCACAGCUGCUCUCACAACUACCACAGCUGCCCCCUUAACAACCACAGCUGCUCCAACAACUACCACAAGCGCACCAACAACAACCACACGUGCACCAACAACAACUACAGCUGCCCUACAAACAACCACAGCUGCCGUUGCCCCGACGACCACCGCAGCCCCAAAUGUUUUGCUUCUGGAGUUCAGUUCAGAUGAGAACUUUACCGAAACUCUCUCAAACAACACCUCGCAAGCUUUCCGGGAUCGGGCUACUACUGUAAAAAACGCGAUUGAGCCAGUCUAUCGCAAAGUCUUUAGAAGUUUCAUUCAGCUUGUUGUGUUGAGUUUCAGACGUGGGUCCGUCAUCACAGAAUGCAGAAUGGAGUUUGGACCUACUGGUAACGGGACUGCACCCACUGCUAAUUCGGUGAAAGAUGUUCUGGUGGAAGCAGUCAACAACGGGAAUAUAGAUAUCCGUGUCAAUGCCAGCUCCAUCGUUGUCAGCGUCCAAGCUAAUGCAACGACAGCAGCUCCCACAACAACCACAGCUGCCCCCUUAACAACCACAGCUGCUCCCACAACUACCACAGCUGCCCCCUUAACAACCACAGCUGCUCUCACAACUACCACAGCUGCCCCCUUAACAACCACAGCUGCUCCAACAACUACCACAAGCGCACCAACAACAACCACACGUGCACCAACAACAACUACAGCUGCCCUACAAACAACCACAGCUGCCGUUGCCCCGACGACCACCGCAGCUCCAAAUGUUUUGCUUCUGGAGUUCAGUUCAGAUGAGACCUUCACCGAAACUCUCUCAAACAACGCCUCGCAAGCUUUCCGGGAUCGGGCUACUACUGUAAAAAACGCGAUUGAGCCAGUCUAUCGCAAAGUCUUUAGAAGUUUCAUUCAGCUUGUUGUGUUGAGUUUCAGACGUGGGUCCGUCAUCACAGAAUGCAGAAUGGAGUUUGGACCUACUGGUAACGGGACUGCACCCACUGCUAAAUUGGUGAAAGAUGUUCUGGUGGAAGCUGUCAACAACGGGAAUAUAGAUAUCAGUGUCAAUGCCAGCUCCAUCGUUGUCAGCGUUCUAAGCUCAUCCAUGUCUCCAGUGGUAAACAGUGUGUUUUCCUCUUUUGGAAUGACCCUGGUUUUCCUGCUGCUGUCUGCUGCAAUGCACAGACUUUAAGACCAGGACAAACCAACUCAUUUGCAACCCUGCACCUGACUACACAUGUAACUCUUUUAUUUUAAUUUUUUUUAUCACAUAGCCCUCUUUUUCCAGUGAAAUAUCUCUAUAGCAUAUGCAUAUUAGGAUCCAGCUCUAUCAUUCAAAUGAAAUUAUGUUUGUUUAAUCCUAGAUGCUCUUUAACGUAAUGUUAAACCUAUUGUACAGGAAUGGAUGCGUAAGCAGAUUUUGUUUGUUUGGUUAUAGCCCAUAGUAAAAUAUGAUGUAGAGCACGUUUGAUAAUACAUUGAGUGUAUUCAUAGAGUAAACCUUUUUAGUGGAAUGAAUUUCAAUAUGCAGUUAAUGAAGGCAGGGCAAACAAUGAAACCCGACCUGAAGAUCAUCCCAACCAUCAAAAUCACCCAUUAUCACUAUUGUGAGAAUAUGUCUGCGUUAAUACAAUUAUCCCUUGUGUUUACUGUUGAUUUGAUGAAAAUAAAAAGGAAACUUUGGAAGAA